CGAAUGAACAGCCCAGUUGCUGUGGAAGUCACAUACGAGAACAUGAGAUUUCUUAUUCCACACAAUCCAACCAAUGCAACCUUAAACAAAUUUAUAGAGGAACUUAAGAAAUAUGGAGUUACCACAAUACUAAGAGUAUGUGAAGCAACUUACAACACUGCUCUUGUGGAAAAAGAAGGCAUCCAUGUUCUCGAUUGGCCUUUUGAUGAUGGUACACCACCGCCCAACCAUAUUGUUGAUGACUGGUUAAGUCUAGUAAAAAUUAAGUUUUGUGAAGAACCUAGUUGUUGUAUUGCUGUUCAUUGUGUUGCAGGUCUUGGGAGAGCUCCAGUGCUUGUUGCCCUGGCAUUACUUGAGGGUAGAAUGAAAUAUGAAGAUGCAGUACAAUACAUAAGACAAAAGCAGCGUGGAGCUUUUAACAGCAAUCAGCUUUUGUAUUUGGAGAAGUAUCAUCCUAAAAUGCGACUACGCUUUAAAGACUCCAAUGGUCAUAGAAACAACUGUUGCAUUCAAUAA